UUGCUUUCUCUUAGUUUUCUUUUUAUAUGUUUUUUUGCUUGUUUGUUUACAUCUUCCUUGUUAGUGAUGAGGAGCUCACAGACCCCCAAGACUCUUUUCUGUCUUCUGAAAUGGCAGCAGAACCUGCUGAUCACAGUAAUGAUGCAAGUCACAAAGUGGGAAUGUGUAAAAAGUCCAGCAGCCCUAAACAGAGGUUUGUACACUUUGGGCCAGUGACAGAAAUUGAUCAUCAGAAAUGGGAGAAGCCCUCCAAUGCUAGGGCCAUGACCAAAGACGAAAUGGAAGAGACAGCCAGUAGGAAAAGUGCUGGGCCUCUUGGGACCUCAAGUGAAUACGCAUCCUCACCCUCUGUGAGCCAUGUGGAGUCCGUUGGCCAUACCGAUGAAGUCUGCAGCCCACAUGCUAAUUCCAGUGAAAUAAUAUCAUCGAAUAUAGAUGUGUAUAAUUCAUCUGUCCUGAAUAGUUGCACUGAUUCUAAGAAGCAAAUACCAACCAGUCUGAGUGAAUGUCACGAAAGCAGUGAAGAAGAGCUGGAUGGCAGCUUCCCAGAUAUUGAGAGAGAUGACAUGCUGGCUAGACGAUUUGGAACUUUUCAGAAAUCUGCUAGCCCAGUUCGUACAUCUUAUUCUCCUAUUUCAGUAGUCAAUAAUCAUCCAUUGAAAAAGCAAGAAAAGGUUGCUUUUUGUGGGGAGCAAAAAAUUCUACAGACAACAGAAAGAACUUCUGCAGAGUCUUGCACAACACAGCUUGGUCUUAGAACAUCUUUGCCUGUAUCCCUCAUUUCUCCUGGAACAUGUGAAGAUGUGCAUGGGGACUCAGAAGAUCAAGAUGAACACAAACAUAAUGUGACAAGAGAGAAAGUGGGAUUAGAAAAUCCAGGUAAAGAUGACAUGAUGGCAAGAAGAACCAGAGUUUUUCUGAAGCAGACUGAACCCAGUGUUAAACAGUUCCUUCCAGUUCCUCUCUCGAAGCAGCAAAAUGGUGAGGAAGCAGCGAAGGACCUUGUAAAGACUGAACAGAAAGUGAAGAGCAUUACUAUGCCAGACUUGGUAGUCACUGAGAAACAUCCAAAGCUUUUUGUGGAAAGCCACAAAAGCCUCACAGUGCAACCCGAGUGCAAACUGGAACAAAGCACACACAGUUUCCUUGGCAUAAGACAAGAGGAUGCAUCUUCUGAUGUUCCUGAGGAUAUGACUGACCCCAAACCAACCCAAUCACAACAUUCUUCUGAGAAGCAGAAAGCUCUUGAAAGAAACCACGAAGAAUUUCCUGCACAAGAAGACCAAUCCAUACAAACAUUCGGCUCCAGAACUCCUGUGUCUGAUGACGCAGAGAGUGUGAGUAUGUUUGACAUGAGAUGUGCCGAUGAAGCUGCUGUGAUGCAGCCUCACAGCAAGGCACGUCAUGAAAAGCUGCAGACGAUUCACAACCAGCUGAAGGAAGACGAAGAUCGAUGGCAGGAUGAUUUAGCCCGGUGGAAAAGUCGUCGGAGAAGUGCUUCACAAGAUUUACUGAAAAAAGAAGCUGAGAGAAAGAAGAUGGAACGAUUACUUUCUGGUGCUGACGGAGCUAGCGAGCGAAGGAAAAGCAUCAAGACAUACAGAGAAAUUGUGGAAGAGAAGGAGAGGCGAGAGAGAGAGCUGCAUGAAGCUUACAAAAAUGCCAGGUCACGUGAGGAGGCAGACAGUAUUCUCCAACAAUACAUUGAGAGAUUCACCAUUAGUGAAGCUGUCCUUGAACGCUUGGAGAUGCCAAAACUGCUGGAGAGAAGCCAUUCAGCUGAGCCAAAUUCAUCAUCCCCUCCUAAGGAUCCAAACCCCCUGAGAUACUUGCGGCAGCAGUCACUCCCUGCUCCCAAAUACACUGCCAAGGUUGAGGCAACCAUUGCUCCCACCAGUGGACCAGAAGCCAGUGUUUCCACAGGCCGCACGUCUCCAAGCAAACCUUUUGUCUCCAAGGCUGUGCCUAUGCUGACACCCAAGCCUUACUCACAGCCCAGAAACACGCAGCAGGUUUUCAGAACAUUUAAGGUGGAUGGUAAAGUCAGCAUGAAUGGAGAAACCGCCAACGGAGUGGAAGAGGAGCGCACAAGAGAAUGCACAGCAUUAAUAUUUGUCCCUUCACCAAGCCGAUCACCAAAGUCUGACAGUGUGGUUGAUGUGGACGGCACCUUGGCGGAUGGGAAGCAGGGCUCCACUAGUACAGAGAUUGUUCUCAAGAGGCUCAUUGAACACAGCGUACGCAAAGAGCAGACCGGCUCCCUGACUGAAGAAGCUGAACCAGCCAACCAACAAGACAAAGCUGAUUCGGAAAGACCAUCCCCAGCUUCAGAUCAUAAAGAACUCAGCACAGCAAUUCCCUGUGCCAACUCGACAGUGGCCAGCAUGGAGUUCUCUUCUUUCAGUAAUCAUUCCAAGGAGAUAGGUUCAGAUGAUGAGCUGAAGAAAUCUGAAACCCGGCAACAGAUGGGUGAAGAAGCACCUAUUAUCCAAAAGGUAGAGGCCUUGGAAACUCCCGAACAAGAUGGAAGCACAACAUUUUCCCUUCUUAAGAAGAUCCCUGAGAUGAGUCAAGACGUUUUGCAGAAUUCUGCCCCACAAGUUGACCCUGAUAAUGGUGAAAAGUCAAAUCGUUUUGGCUCCUGGUCUUGGGAUCCAGAAGAAGAGCGGAAGCGACAAGAGCGAUGGCAGCAAGAACAGGAGCGUUUGCUUCAGGAAAGGUAUCAGAAAGAGCAGGACAAGUUGAAGGAAGAAUGGGAGAGAGCACAAAAAGAAGUGGAAGAGGAGGAACGUAAAUACUAUGAGGAGGAACGCAAGAUCAUUGAGGACACUGUGGUUCCAUUCACAGUUACUUCCAACUCUGCAGAACCCUUGUCCACUUCUUCCUCACUGACAGAUGGAAAUGGGACUGUGAAUACACUAGAUAUGAGCAACUCGGAAGAGGAGAAUAAGCAAAAGGACGUUAGAGUACUGAAAAAGCUAUUCUGUGAACCAGAUGGUACAUCCCUUUCGAAAAACAAGGUGCAUGAACCAUGGGAGGAGAACAGGAGCACUGUAAAUAUAGAAGGAUAUCUAGAAACCAGCAAUCAGAGAAGAAAUGAGCAAGAUGAACAGAUAACCAUGUCAGAAUGUAUGUUGCCCAACAAAAUGACCUUGCCAUUAUACCAGGAUAUUCCACAGAAUCAACAACCAUUAACUAAUCCACGUGUUUCAGAUGUCAAAUGGAAAAACUCACCAUUUGAACAUAAUUUAGGUCUGCCGGUCAGUUCCACAAGAGAAAGUAGGAGGGCAGGUUGCCAGGAGAGCCCGAAAGCUGGUCCAGCAUCACCUGGUUCUCCAACAGUUCAGAGCCAGUCACCCAACAGGUAUAAAAGGUCUAUCAGUGGAAAGAAACUCUGCUCCAGCUGUGGACAACCUCUUGGGAAAGGCGCUGCCAUGAUUAUCGAGACUCUUGGCCUUUAUUUCCACAUUCAGUGCUUCAGGUGUGGAAUUUGUAAGGGACAGCUUGGAGAUGCAUCAAGUGGAACAGAUGUCCGAAUUAGAAAUGGCCUUCUCAACUGCAAUGAUUGUUACAUCAGAUCCAGGACCGCUGGGCAGCCGACAACCUUGUGACGUGGAUCUCAGGCCUGUGUGUGGUUCUUGCAAGGAAGAACAUCGCCAUUACGUUCCUAGGGCUGCUUCUGGACAAGCCCUUGGAAGAGCUUCUGUCCAUGGACUUCAUAGCUCUCAUGUCAUCUCGAAAGGCUGGCAUAAAAGGCUAUAUGGGCUACUUUCCAAUGCAAUACAUAACUUUCCUUCCUUGAUUCACUUACAUUAUGUGUAUGAAGUACAUCUCUGGACAUCUAGCCCACCCCCACCCUCCCAUGAGAGCGUGUUUCAUAUUAUCAGUUAUGUUUGGUUUCAGAGUCUGCUCUUUCGAAAGUAACUAGGAAAUAAAGAUGCAAUAAACUUGUUCUGUUUUAAUAUGCCUAGGAACUGAGAAUUUUAAGUUUACACAACCUCCGUAGGUAUUCUAUAAUAUGCCAACGUAUUAACCAAAUUAGUUGUAUUUGAGAGAGAGAAAAAAUUAAGCAGCAUCACAGAAAGUAACUUUCUGUUUAUUACUGGGGCGGUAACUUUUUUAUACAAAGACACUAGUUUGAUAAAGCAUAUUGUAAUUCUGAAACAUUUUACUAUAUUACCUUCACGUGAGGGUAGGUAUUCUAUGAAUAAAUUAUUUCACCUUCAGUCACACAGUCACUGUGUGCAUAAAAUGAUGCUCCUUGUAAUAACACAUUAUUUUAAUGAAUGCAAGCAUUUUCACUAAACUUAACUCAUGUAUUCAAUGGUUGUAGAAAUACUUGAUCAAAAUGGCCAAUUGGCAGUCAGUGAGCUGGAUCUACUCAAUGAAGCAGUUUUUCCUGGCUCCUGGUAACCGUCUCCAAUUUUAAUAAUGUUGUGGUAAAGCCCAGUAUUCAUAAGGAAAAAUUUACCCUAAUGUUACUUCUGUCCUUUGGAGUUGGUAUUUAAUGGCUCAGCUGUGCCUCAUUGCAUGUGUACUGUAACAGUGAAAAUUUACUGCUAAGUCGCCAGCUUAUUAUGGAGUCUAACCAGUUGUGAACAGAUCAAAAUGAAAUGCCUCAGCCCCACACUGUCUAGAAUGGAGUGUAGAAUCACUUCUGAGGAUGCAGAAUUUGGCUACCCUGGGAUAAUAAAUAAUGAGUAAUAAAUACUUAAUCCUUCUUCAUAUAAAUAUGACUGCAUAUUACAAAUACUUCCCAGAAUGUGCUUGGAGCAACACCAGAUGCCAAAACUGUGGUUCACGACGACUGAAAGAUGAACGUAUGCAAUAAGGCCAUAUGCCCAAAGCUCUCUGAUGUCAAAGGGGAUGGGCCAGGCACUGGGCAGUAUCUUCACUGUCACUGCCCUCCUGUUUGAUCUGUUGCACAAGUGGGACCGACUACUCAUGCAACAGGGAGCUCAUGGUUCAAAAACCCUGGAAACAAGCAGAAAGGCAGGUUCCACUGACUGACGCAUCUGAAAAGUGUUUCUGCUCAGCUUGGAUUUAUUUGAGAACUGCUAGCUCUCCAUUGGACUAGUAGUGGGUAGGUUUGACGUUGUCUACUUUGUGCACGCAGGAGUCCUGUGGAACUUUGGAUAGUAUAUGCAUUCUGUUUGCACGGUUUGAGUAUAUAUGAAUGGAAUAUUCAGUGAUUUGUACAACUAAGGGACUCCUGAUUUAUUUCUCCCCUCUCCCCUCUUAAAUAAUGUCGCUCUGCAUAGCUUAUUACAUGCUUUCACACACAGAGUUAAAAGCAAAGAAAGCAGGACAUCUAAAGGGUUCGUAUGAUUCUAAGAAAUUAGUCAUAUGAUUUAGAGUGAGAUAUGAACCACAGACACUUGGAAGUUGGUUCACUUGAAUCCAGUGGGAUCUGCUUCCACAUCAACAUGAUUGGCUAUUUCUACACAAAAGGAAAGGUAGAGCAAGACCACUCACCCUUAUUCAUAGCAACUGCAGGAUGGAUCAACUGUUGGUAUUGAUCAUCAUGUGCUGAGUCUUCAGAGGCUGUUGGCUUUUAAGCCUGCACCAGACAUUCCCAAUAGGAGCAAAGCUGGGAGCACUUGGAAGUCAGUGGUCCACAGAGAAUACCCAACAUGUGAUUCUUUUCAUCAUUCUUGUAUCAUUCUUUUAGUUACCUUAUGAGCUGUGACCCUGAUGAUAUGUAUCAUGGAUCAGGGCUAUGUGUAUAGGGAGGGACACUUUGUGAUUACUUUCCACUGUGAGAGCAUUGAUGUGGGAUGUGGCCACACAUGCUCUUCUCAUGUAGUUUCCCAGUUGCAUGUAAAUAAUUUUCUGGAGCAGCUCGGGAAUCGCUGAUAUUGGAACAGCAGCAACCAUCAUGCUGUUAAAAGAGCUGAAGAACUAUCCUUCUCCCUGAUGAUGAUGACUUCCAUGUAUUUGAAUGUAUCAAUAUGUGGAACUCAGACCCAAACAUGCUGACUGAAUCUGAUUUUAAGCAUGUUUAGCUGAAAUGCACUGUAUGAGGUCCUUAUUAAUAUUUUACCAGUGGUUAUGGAACAGGCGUGCCCUGUUGGAGGCACAGGACGUGUUUUUGCUGACUUGAUGAACAUGGUGAGUGGAGCGAUGCUAUCUUGCAUCUUCAGCAAGCUGAUUAAAGGAAACGGUGAUUUGGCAGCAUAUGUUGUUAGUACCAAAAUGUUUUCUUUAAAAAGAAAAUGUAUAUGCUGCCUUAAGAAGACUAAUGUUUAAAAACAUCUGAAUUAAUUGAGAUUCCCUGUUAUAUCAUGGUUGUAUUACAUAUCAUCAGCCAUCUUGCAAGAAGAAAUACCUUUCAGUUCUUAGGUAAGCAAUAAAUACUUUCUAAGGGUCACUCAGCUUGUAUGUAUUUAUUUGUCUAGGCAAAUCUUGACGUGCAGUUGUGUGCUGAUACAAAAAUGUCUCCUUUGCCACCUGGAAGGAUUUAUAUGCUGCUGUUGUCUAUUUGAAAGCAAAUCAUUGUCUGAUAAGAGGCUACACAGUUCAUUAAAAUGGUGCCUUAGAAAAUACAAACUUGUUGCACAGUUGCCAGUGACUUAAGGAUGUAAUACUGGUAUUUUUUAAAGGUUAAUUAAUUAGGACAGCAAUUCGCAUAGAACGUUAAUUUCUGUAUUGUGAAUAGCUGUUGAUGUGGUUUGUUGGGGAUGCAUUUGGAACGGUUUGAAGUUUGCAUGGAUUGUGCUAUACUCAUAAUGCCUCUCUGCAAAGUAAGAAAUCCACAGUAUGAAAAAAUGAAGCCAGAGAUUUGUCUAAGUAUCUCCCCACACCUGCCUGCUCCAUCACUGAUUUCUCCCUGUGAUACUAAGGCAGUCAUACCUCACUUGUAGACUGUUAGAGCACUACCAGUGUGUCCUGCAAAAUGGAUAGAUUACAUAAUGUAAGACUUCUAUGCUUCCAAAGUAUAAGGAAGGCUACCUGCCGUAUCUCUGCAUGAAUAGCUGUUUCACCACCCUGGCCUCUUUCCAAUCAACCUAGUUGGGGCAGGUCAUUCUGCUUAGUUGCAGAGAUGUAGCAGCUUUAGCCAACUUCUGAAGAGUCUUCCCAUUGCAUCGGCACAUAAUUUUGAACUUGCGGGAAGGCUCAACCCUCUUUGCAGGGGUGAGCAGAAGGUAGAUCUCUGGCUGUUUGGGACUUUGAUUCCCUUAAGCCCUUGCCAGUAUGGCCUUGGUUAAGAACGUUAAGGAUCGAAGUCUAAAAUACUUGAAGGUCCACCUUCUGCCCACCCCUAUUCUAAUAAAUAGAAAUAAUGAGAUCAGGCUCUUCUGGGACCAGGUAGUUCUUUCUUACAUGUGCUAUAGAAGAAAAUGUUCUUGGUGUACCAGUGAAGUAUGCCUCCCAUUUUAGUUCAAGGAAAAAGUGUGUGUCAGUUUGCACAAGUUUGGGAAUGCCGCUUUAACGGUAUGAAUAUGGAGAUUCCUAUUCAGAACAUAGUUCUGCUUCUGCAUAGCUUAUAUGUAUAAACUCUUGGCAUGCUCCAGUUUGAGCACUGCAUUUUUCAGGGGAAAUCCAAGUUCCUUUACCCUUGGAACACCCAUAGGCUCAAUUCCACAAGACAUUUUGCCAAUGGCCCUCCGUUAGGCAUGUGAAAAAGUGAGGACUGCAUAUUGCCUGUAGAACACCUUGGAGGGUGACAGCUAGAAGCUAUGGAACAAGGAUUCCCGUUCUGCACAGAUGCAGCUGUCUGGAAGAACCUCCCAGUGCCUGCUGCACCGCUUUUGCUCUAACUCCAAAGUAACAGGAAAGAGGCUUGUGAUGAUGUGUGUUGUACCUUUCAAACACAGGUAGACAGGGCAGGUGAGGACAGGACUAACAUUACUUUGAACUCUCUAGUAUGGCAUUCUUCUUGUCAUUGCUACACAGCUAUGUUCUCUGGAAAUUCUGGCCUCAGUGUGUGUUGUCACGUGGCCAGUGCACCACUGAUCUGGGUAGCCUGCUGGCUGAGAAUGGAGCAGUUGCACAAAUAAUCUGUGGAUUUGUGCCGAAGUAGAUGCACUUUUACUUCUAGGAUGCAGCGUGGUACAGAGAAAGAUUUCCUUAGGCACCAUUGAUUGCAGUGGGUAUUCUGUGGAUGUGCAGAGUGUGAGACUUGGCCAGAAUCCACUGCAUAGUUGAGCAUGUUUAAGACUCUUGGAAGCAGAUGCUAAGUACAUUUCACUGUGCUCCUUGUAUACAAUUCAGUGGGAACUUCUACAGACUUCCCAUGCAGAGGAAUGGAACUUGCACAAGAGCAAAACUUGAUGUGCUCUUAUGUGGCUCCUUGCAGAGGAGUGUGCUUCAGUGGAUUGCAAACAUUCUGAUUUGCCCUUGUGCAGAAAGAUUUCGCUAACUGAUGCGUGAAAUUCUGAGAAUUCUGCAGGUCUCAACAAACUUACACUGCAGUCCCUUAUGCAUGGCUAGUCAAAAUCAGCCCCAUGGAGCUCAGUGAGAAUUACUGCCUAAUAAGAAAGUAAAGGAUUGUAGCCUUAAAGUCCUGUCAAUUUCAGUAGAACAUAACAGUAGCCUGAAUUUGCUAACAAGAUUUUUCAUGUGCACCAUUUUUAUACAUAAACAGAAUUUUAUGGUAAGGGCACUUAUGAAUGUAACUGACCACCUCUCUCCUUCUGUGUAACUGUAAGGCGGCAGCUAACUUCAUAUGUAUCUAAACCUGAAUAACCAAGCACUCAUGGAUCACAGCCCCAGUUUCUCAGCAAGGAUUGAUUAGUCACCAGCAUAGAGAAUAUUUCUUUAACUGCCAACUCUCCCUUUUUGUAUUUUGUUUCAAAUUACUACACAGGAGGUAUGCUUGCACUUCAUCCUUCAUGUUUUCCAGCUCUGUGCUGUUCUGUGACAUAUUUGUUGUUUCAAAAUCUUUUGGGGAGGGUUGGCAGGGUGGCAGGAAAAUUUCAAUGAUUUACUACUAUGUUUGUUUUGAAAUGGUAAAUAUGUGUUUCAAAGAGUGGUUUACUGUUGAUGCGCCAAUAUAAUAAAUGUAAUGGGUUUUUCUAAGUGUUCCAAAAAGUGUAUUUAGCUUUUCAUUCUUUAGAGAGCAGGCAUAACCAUGUCAUAAUUAUUUUUUAUAUAUUUCAAUCUCAAAACAUCAUAGUGGUUCUUUAUUCUUGUUAUGUAGACUUAAAUUCCGUUAUCUACUGUAGUUACCGAUAAUGUGGUAUAAAAGUUGGUGAGCCAAAAGAGGGCUACUUUAUAUGCAACAUCACCAAAGGACAAGUGUCCUACAUGGAUUAAUGUUAAAUACCAAUUACACUAAUCUUCAUUUGAUGAUAUUUAUUCUAAAAUGCCUCUGGCAAGUUAAAAAAACUCUAAAAUGCAACCGCUUUUAUAGUAAAUGUUAUGUUUAUAAAUAAACAUUGAUUAAAAUUG